AUGGCACUGGCAGCAUCCCGAAACUGCUGCAGGCAGCUCCUCCGGGAGUCGUCUCGAAUCAAUGCAGCUCCGACUUCGACAUCACCGCCGUCUUUCUUGCUCCCUGCCUUUUCGCGAUCCUCCAGAUCUCAAGCUCAUCCUUUCUCUACCUCCGCGCCACGCGAGUCACGAAUUGGUGCUUCUCCAAUUUCAGUACCGCCAGAGGUGUCGUUGGAAUUUCGCGAUUUGCCCAAGGUUCAGGCGGCGUCAAGGGCGACGGCAGAGUACACACCGGUUACUGCUGUCGACAUAACGGGACCACUGGGGUCUAUGACAUUGAAAAUUCCACCGUUUUCGACAUUGAACUAUGAUCCGGAGACGAGAAAGGCGUCGUUCGAAGUGCAGGAUUUGACAAUUAAGCACCAGGCUGCUAUGUGGGGGACCAUUCGACAGCAUCUACGGAACUACAUUCUCGGUGUCUCGGAGGGCCACAUCUGCAUCGUGAAGCUGGUAGGAGUCGGUUUCCGUGCCUCCGUCGAGCCUACUGCGGUCACUAUCCCAACGCCCGAGUAUCCAGGACAGCAAUUCAUUUCCCUGAAAGUCGGAUUCGCUCACCCUGUUGAGCUUGGCAUUCCGAAGGGUGUGAAGGCCCGUUCGACACAGCCAACGACACUGUUACUUGAGGGCAUCAACAAGGAAACUGUGACGCAGUUUGCGGCUGAUAUCAGGAAAUGGAGACCUCCAGAGCCGUACAAGGGCAAGGGAAUAUUCGUCAACGGAGAGACUAUCAAGUUGAAGGCGAAGAAGAUCAAGUAA